UUUUUGUUUUUAUUAUUUCCACAAAUUUUUUCAAAAAUGUGUUUUGAAUUGAAAAGUAUGGGGUAUUGUGAUAAUGCUGUAUACAAGGCUAUGAUGCAAAAACACUGUUUGUCUGAAUGUGGGGCUAAUGCUUGCUUUGACAAGAGAGCUGAUUUGUUUGUUAUUUUAUUUUUAAUAAUUAUUUUUACAAAAUAUCCAAGUUUAUUUUACAAUUUGUAA